CCGCGCGCGCCCGCUGCGGCGCGCGCGGCGGGCGCGGCCGCGACGUCCGCAGAGAUCGCGUGCAUGCCGCCACGUGGGUCGGAGACAGCGCUGUCAAUGCCCCUGCCCCGCGCUGCGGCCGCGGCGAUGGGCGGCGGCGGCGGCGGAGAGGAGGGCGGCAGCUUCCAAAGGCUGCUCCAGCAGGCGGCCCAGGCGCACGACGCGGAGGUCGGCCUGCUGCAGGGGGAGGUGCAGCUGCUGCGCGCCGAGCUGGCGGCGGCGGCGGCCCAGGCGUGCCCGCCGCGCAGCGGCUGCGCCGGGGAUCGGCCGCUGGCGGCGGCUCCUCCGCUGGAGCUCCCCGCGCCGGGGCCAGAGAGACCGCCAGCCACCCUCGACGAUUGUCCGUCUCCAGCAUCCAGCUCCUCGCUCCAAGGCGCGUCGGGUGUUGCCAGGAGUGCCCGUGGCCCAAGGGGCACCUUGAGUAGCCCCAGACCUCAACGAUUGGAGAAACGCCGUGAGCAUAGUUAAGCUUUCGGAGGUCCGCGUGGAUUCCCGAAAACUCACAUGUUUUUCUUUUCGGUCCGGGCGUUGCUAGAACUGGUCCUGUCCCAGUGUGCCCCCAGUUUUUUCCGAGCUUUUUUGGAGCCCCUGGGGCUCUCGGGGCCUCGUGUGGGGUGCUCUGGAGGCCAUCUGGGUUUUUCGAUUGGGGCCAGGGACACCUGCAGCAAUACCCGAGAGGCGCCGUCGAGCCAACGCCCGCUAGGCGGGGAAGUUGGCAGAGCGGCGGGCAGAGCCUGAGCUCAUCUCAGCAUUCGAGGAUCUCGAGCGAGCUUGCGGUGCGGGCUCUGCGCAUCGGACGGGGGUUGAGCGGCACUUGGGGUGCGCGGAUGGAUAAGCAGAGGAAGCUCGCGGAGAAAGCCGUGCUGUGGCAAGUAGCGCAUAAUCCCAGGACGGAGGUCUUCAUAUCCUUGGUGAUCGUAUUGAAUGGCGUAAUAAUUGCAGCAGAGGCGCAGUACGAGGGCUACGAUUUGGCUAUCUGGACAGGACAUGCUAGUGCAUCAGGUUCUGCUGACGCUAUGUGGCCGACUGCACGAACUGCGUUCGUUGUGCUCAACUGGCUGUUUGGCAUCUUUUUCACUGUCGAGAUCAUCUUCACGAUUGCAGCUCUGCGCACCUCAUUUGCGAGGGAUGUGUGGAAUUGGUUUGACCUGUUCAUUGUCCUAGUCUGGUGGGCGGGCAAGGUUGCCAGGUCGUUAGUCAACGCUCAGAUCUUACGGCUCGCUCGUUUAGUGCGAUUGUGCCGGCUCUUGCGGCUCCUCAAGAACAUGAAUAGCAGCUUCGACUCUCUGUACCUCAUGACAUCGGCGCUCCAGGGUAGCAUAUCUAUAUUAUUCUGGUCUUUCAUGAUGUUGGUCUUGAUACACUUUCUGCUAGCACUUCUGAUGAACCAGUUCCUGCGCGCUGUGUACUUCGAUACCAGCCCGGAUUUGGCGAAGAACCAAGUCGAGGUGUUUACAUAUUUUGGAAGCUUCACGCGCGCAUUUCUCACUAUGUUCGAGAUCACUCUUGCAAAUUGGCCCGUUGCUUGCAGGGUACUCAUCGAGAACGUCAGCGAAUUAUUCAUAAUCUAUGCUGUGCUUCAUAAGAUGAUUCUGGGAUUCGCCGUCGUAGGAAUCGUAAACGGCAUCUUCAUAUCUGAAACGUUCAGGGUCGCCUCGGUGGACAAUGCCGUGAUGGUCCGACAGGCGAUGCGCAGGCAGAGAACCCACUGUGACAAGAUGCAGCGCCUCUUCGAGCAGGCAGAUAAGAAUGGGGACGGCAGGUUAUCUAAGGAAGAGUGGAUCGACAUCUGCAAGGACGAUUACGUUCAAAACUGGCUGUUUUCGCAGGAGAUCCACGCGGAAGACGCUCAUUUACUGUUCGAGCAGCUGGACGACUCAAACGACGGUCGGCUCACCGCGAGCGAGCUCAUCGAAGGCACCGCGAGGCUCAAGGGUCCUGCCGCCAGCAUGAAUCUGACUGCCAAGAUCAACCGUAUCGACGCGAACCUGAGAGAGAUCAACGACGAGUUGAUCGUGAACCGCGCGGUGGCAGUGGAGAGCAGAGCGACUUUGGUCUAGCUCCAGUGGUGCAGGGCGCUGCUUCUGUCAAGCAUGACCCCAACCCUUUUUGGAUUCUUCCUCCCCUUCCUUAGACUUACCUUUUAACCCUCCUUCCUUCUCUUUUUCCUUCUGCCGCUCCUGCACCCCGCGCUCAUAGACUGGCGUUGGGGUGCAACGGCUGUUUUCAAAGCAAGCUGUGGUUCAACACUUUAACCCAAGUCCCUAUACAUUAACCCAGGUUCCUUUUCUGAAGACGAUCGAGGACAAGCUGUUCAACUACAUUUUGUUAGCCGCAUCGGCUCCUUAUCAUGGUGUGCACGGCGGCGGCCUCGAGCCUCUGGGCCAGGCCGUCGGGCGCCUAAGUGGCGGCGCGGGCUUGACUGCUCCUUGGCCGCUGCCACGGAGCAACACAGCAACUUCUACCAGGAGUUGCCUCCACAGGGUGUGCCAGGUGCUCGCUUUGGGGACCUUCCUGGGGCCCACCUAAUGGGUCUGUUCGGCUCAAGGUCGACUCGAAUGCGACGCAGCAUCGACGCAUGAGUGGAGCGAGUGACUCCAGAAAGGCCUCCAGAAGGAGCACCCCGGGUGUGGCGAGCCCCCCGCUCCGGCCGCCGCCCUUCCCCGCCUCCCGUUGGCGCCUGGCAGUCAAGUAUUGCGCGAGACAUGGAAGAUGAAGGAGGAGCAGCACCCAU